AUGGGAAUCGACGACACUUUCUUCUUUUUAUUAAAUUUAAAGUGGUUAAGAAAGAAUUAUCGACGGAGAGGGGUUAUCUUGCUUUGGGUGAUUGGAAUUUUGGCAUUUUUGCUUUGUUGGGUAUUGCUAACUUUGUUAAUUUUGUUGGCACAAGAAGCUUUACUCGGCCCCGUUUUCUUGACAAAAUCCUCUUCCUCCUCUCUUUUAACAGUAGACCCAGAUUCUUAUGCUGGAAGGGGAGUUCAACUUUUGGUUGGGCAUUUCAAUGGAAAUUUGCCGGCAGAGAGAAGGGCUAAUUUAACUGAAGGUUUUUUAAAGACUUUUAAUUUGGAAAUAUUUAUAGACGAAUUGAAUAAAAAUAAUUAUUCGCCAAUUCCCGAUGCGGGCCAAAAUGGACACCCUGUGGAAUUGAGUCCUGAAGAGGAGAAACGAGCAGAGCAUACUUUUGGUAUUAAUCAGUUCAACUUGUUGGCCAGUGACUCGAUAGCAAUAAAUCGAACAUUGCCGGAUAUUCGUCGAAUUCAAUGUCGGGCUUAUGCUGAAAAGCUGCCUCCUAUUAAUAAAUUACCGGAUACUUCUAUAAUUAUUGUAUUUCAUAAUGAGGCUUUCUCUACACUUGCACGUACAAUAACAAGCGUCAUCAACCGAUCACCUCAUUCAUUACUGCGUGAGAUAAUUCUUGUCGAUGAUUUCUCAAAUCGAAAAUUUCUGGGGGCUGAAUUGGAACUCUUCUUACAAACUUUGCCUAUCAGAAUCAAGCUUAUUAGGGCUAAAGAAAGGGUUGGAUUAAUUCGAGCAAGGCUUAUGGGGGCACAAGAAGCUGUAGGGAAUGUUCUUACUUUUUUGGAUUCUCAUUGUGAAUGUACCCGUGGAUGGCUGGAACCUUUAUUGGCCAGAAUAAGGGAAGAAAGAAAAGCUGUUUUUUAUGUAGAUGUUAUAAAUGACCAGACAUUUGCUUAUCAAAAAGGAAUUGAAUUAUUUAGAGGUGGAUUUAAUUGGAAUAUGCAAUUUAGAUGGUAUGCAGUUCCAACUGAUAUGGCCAAGCAAAGACAUCAAAAAGACCCUACAGCAGCCAUUGUUUCUCCAACAAUGGCUGGCGGUCUCUUUAGUAUAGACAAACAAUUUUUUCAAGAAUUGGGUGCUUAUGACCCGGAUAUGGACAUUUGGGGAGGGGAGAAUUUGGAAAUGUCUUUUAGGGUAUGGCAAUGUGGAGGUAUUAUAGAAAUCCUGCCUUGCUCACACGUUGGCCAUGUAUUUCGACAUGCCUCUCCCCAUGAUUUUCCUAAAGAAAAAAGUUCUGGUAAAAUACUUAAUUCAAACUUGGCGAGAGUGAGUGAAGUAUGGAUGGAUCAGUGGAGGCAUUUCUUUUAUAAAAUAUCACCGCGUGGGUUUAUAUUUUUUUUAAUAAAAUGUAAAAAUUUUUUAGAAGCUUCUGCUCUAAUUCCUUCUUUAGAUGUUAGUGAAAGAAUUGAAUUACGCAAAAAAUUAAACUGCAAAAAUUUUAAUUGGUAUUUACAAAAUGUGUGGAAAGACAAUUUUUUACCUAAUGGACGCUCUGCACUUAUUGGCCGUUUUCGUCAUCUAUCCUCAAAUUCUUGUCUUUAUGGGCGCCCUUCAAAUCCGGGGAAGAGACAUCGUUUAACAAUGGGGACAUGCUCUUUAGGUUUUGAUAUAUGGCAGUUUUGGGUAUUGUCUUCGUCUAAAGAAUCAGAAGGGGUUAGAUUAAUGAGUGACGAACAUCAAUGUUUAAGUGCAGCUAAAGAACAAACAGAUAAUAAUGUUUGGAGAGUUCAAUUGAGGGAAUGUGGUGGACAUAGUAAGGGGAGAAUUGAUAAAGGGUUGGGUUAAAAAUGGGGAAAAGGAGGAAUUUUGGGGACGAGUUCCUUCGAUUCCUUUAAGGUCAGGGAUCUGAGGAGAGGAGGGGGAUUUAGAGUUUAGUAUAAAAUGGAAGAAUUUAUUCUUGGAACGGGAUAAGGGUGAAUCACCCUUCACUCUCUCG